AUGGCGUCUAGUAACAGUGGUGUUGCGCACGUCACUGAAGACACGAUGGCUGUUCACCCGCAGCACGGAGAGAAAUCGACAUCAUCGUCAAUGUCCAUCAGCACCACAGAGCCCAUAGAAACUAUAGACACAACAAAUGUCGAUGAAAAUACUAAAAACACACCAACAACUUCGGACAGAUUUCCAAAGUAUGUAUAUAGUUAUGAACAAUUGGUGGAAAUGUCAUCAAUUAAAUGGAUAGCUGGUUUUCGACUGGAAUGUUGUAAGAUUUCAUGUAAAGUUAAUACAGAACUUUAUUUUGGGUUGUUAAAGUUGUUUUGUCAGAAUUUAGCACAAGAAAUGUUUGAUUGCAGAAUUAAAAUUAAUAAAAAAUCAGCUCCUGUGAAAACUUAUCUGAAACAAUUUAUGACAUUUUUUCGAGAAAACUAUAAAAACGUAAAAGAAGUUAAAGGGGAUACUUUGGAUGUUAUAUAUUAUGACAGUAUGAGUUCAAUGCUAGCCUAUUACAUAGAAUUGAAACUAAUGUCAAAUCAAUGUUAUGAAGAAAAUCCAUCUCGCAUAAAAACUUCAAAUAAAAUAAAUACAAUGUUAUUUAUACUUUUAGAUCAGAAAAUUGAUUACAUUUUUGAUUCGGUAUUUAAAUACUAUUUAUUUAAUAGAAAAGUUGAUACUAAUAGAGAAUUAAUAAUGCUUCCAGUUUGUAAAAAGUUACUAUCUGAACAUCCAAUGCCCAAAAAAAUUAAUUUUCCAACUUACAUGAGAUAUAUUUUGUGUUUUAAAGUGUGGGAAAAUAUAAUUUACUCAUCGGGUAUGCAUGAUUCUGAAGAGAGAAAAGAACUGGACAUUUUACCACUAUUUUUAAGGCGGUUGAAUAUUCCAAAUGAUUUUAUGAGUCAACAUGAGAAAUAUAAUUGGCCUAACUGGCCUAAAUUGACAAUGUGUUCAAAUAAAAAGCAAAAUUUAAUACAGAGAGAUAUAAAAAAUGUUAGUUUUGUUUUAUAUUAUGAUGCAAAUUUAUCACUCAAGAGGUGUUACAAGGAUAUAUCGAGUGCUGCUCCAAUAAAAGAUAUUCCAAUACUAUUGAAACCAAUUGUAGAACAGUGUAAAAUGUUACGACCAGAUUUAUUUGCUAUUUCGAGAAAAGAACUUUUGAGAAAUUGGAAUAAAUAUUUUGAUGACACUCUAAAACCACUUAAACCUUCCUGUAAUAGCUUGAUGAUAAAAAUCAAGUAUAAUUUGGUUCCAAACAAUGAUGAUUUAACCAAGUUAAGCCACUUGGGAGAAGGUCAGCAAAUCAUCACUCCGAAUAUAGACAAUUUCCCGCAUUCUGAUAAAAAAUCUAUAGUAAAAACUAAUCUUAUAAAUUCAUCAACUAAUAAAAUAAUUGAUGAAAGCAAUAAUGAUACAAGUAAUGAAAAUGAAAAAUCUUCAGGUGAUACCUUAAAAACAUUAACGCCUACUUUUAAAUCAUUCCCGAAUAAUGUAAAAAGUCAAUCAAGUGAUGAUGAAAUGCAGGUCAAUGUGAAAAAAUCAAAAUCAUAUGAAAAACAUAUUUUAAGUAUUGAUAAUGGCAGAUUUAAUCCUAUACUAUCUAAUAAACCGAGUACAAUGAAUUACAUUUCUGAAAUUAUGAGAACUUCUGAUCAGCCUGAAUGUACAAAUUCUAAAAAAUCAAAAAGAAUUCAAUGUUCACCAAUUGGUGAUAAAAGCGAAAAUAAAAAAAUUUGCAGAACAAAGUCCAUGCAUGACAAAAGUUUAUUGAACUGCAACCCAAAUGAAAUCAUUGAUUCUAAUUGCCACAACACAAAUAUUGUGAGUAUUAGUAGUGUCACUGUAAAUAACGAUAACUCUGUUCUUGAUAAUACAAAGAACCCUAAUAACAUAAAUGGAGUUUCUUGUCUAAUAAACGAACCUUCAGUCAAAGAAACCAAAUGUGUGACAAAAGCAUCACACACUAAAUUAUCGACAACAGCGGACUUAAAUUUGAAACACACACAGAGUAAUUUGACUGUCAGUGACAAAAACGAAAGUAUAGAAAAUUCUACUAAAAAGAUUGGUUCAAUUAACGAUCUGGACGGUACUGCUUCUCCUUCUAAAGACAUUCAGUGGUCUAUCAAGUUGUCUCAAUCUGAUCCAUAUUCACAUGAUUUAGAAAGAAAUUCAAAUGUUUUGUAUAAACAUACCGCUGAUGGAUCAAAUCAAAAAUGUUCACCAAAUGAUACUGGUUUGGCAAUAAUAAAAAAGAGUACUUUAAUCCAGCCAAACCAACAGUUCCAAAAUGAAUAUAAUUUCAUUGCAAAAGAUAACCUUUCACCUACCAUUCAAUCUGGAUCUGAAACCAUUGAUGAAAAAACUCAAAUUCAAUUCAGAGCAGAUAACAGUUUUGAAAGUAUUUCUAGAACAGAACCAACUGACCAUCAAGAAAUGUAUAGAAAUACUAUAAUACCGAGUCAUCAGCCUGAAUGUACAAAUUCUAAAAAAUCAAAAAGAAUUCAAUGUUCACCAAUUGGUGAUGAAAGCGAAAAUAAAAAAAUUUGCAGAACAAAGUCCAUGCAUGACAAAAGUUUAUUGAACUGCAACCCAAAUGAAAUCAUUGAUUCUAAUUGCCACAACACAAAUAUUGUGAGUAUUAGUAGUGUCACUGUAAAUAACGAUAACUCUGUUCUUGAUAAUACAAAGAACCCUAAUAACAUAAAUGGAGUUUCUUGUCUAAUAAACGAACCUUCAGUCAAAGAAACCAAAUGUGCGACAAAAGCAUCACACACUAUAUUAUCGACAACAGCGGACUUAAAUUUGAAACACACACAGAGUAAUUUGACUGCCAGUGACAAAAACGAAAGUAUAGAAAAUUCUACUAAAAAGAUUGGUUCAAUUAACGAUCUGGACGGUACUGCUUCUCCUUCUAGUGACAUUCAGUGGCCUAUCAAGUUGUCUCAAUCUGCUCCAUAUUCACACGAUUUAGAAAGAAAUUCAAAUGUUUUGUAUAAACAUACCGCUGAUGGAUCAAAUCAAAAAUGUUCACCAAAUGAAACUGGUUUGGCAAUAAUAAAAAAGAGUACUUUAAUCCAGCCAAACCAACAGUUCCAAAAUGAAUAUAAUUUCAUUGCAAAAGAUAACCUUUCACCUACCAUUCAAUCUGGAUCUGAAACCAUUGGUGAAAAAACUCAAAUUCAAUUCAGAGCAGAUAACAGUUUUGAAAGUAUUUCUAGAACAGAACCAACUGACCAUCAAGAAAUGUAUAGAAAUACUAUAAUACCGAGUCAUCAGCCUGAAUGUACAAAUUCUAAAAAAUCAAAAAGAAUUCAAUGUUCACCAAUUGGUGAUGAAAGCGAAAAUAAAAAAAUUUGCAGAACAAAGUCCAUGCAUGACAAAAGUUUAUUGAACUGCAACCCAAAUGAAAUCAUUGAUUCUAAUUGCCACAACACAAAUAUUGUGAGUAUUAGUAGUGUCACUGUAAAUAACGAUAACUCUGUUCUUGAUAAUACAAGGAACCCUAAUAACAUAAAUGGAGUUUCUUGUCAUAAUAACGAAACCUUCAGUCCAAGAAACCCAAAUGUGCGAACAAAAGCAUCACACACUAUAUUAUCGACAACAGCGGACUUAAAUUUGAAACACACACAGAAAAGAAAUUCAAAUGUUUUGUAUAAACAUACCGCUGAUGGAUCAAAUCAAAAAUGUUCACCAAAUGAUACUGGUUUGGCAAUAAUAAAAAAGAGUACUUUAAUCCAGCCAAACCAACAGUUCCAAAAUGUAUAUAAUUUCAUUGCAAAAGAUAACCUUUCACCUACCAUUCAAUCUGGAUCUGAAACCAUUGAUGAAAAAACUCAAAUUCAAUUCAGAGCAGAUAACAGUUUUGAAAGUAUUUCUAGAACAGAACCAACUGACCAUCAAGAAAUGUAUAGAAAUACUAUAAUACCGAGUCAUCAGCCUGAAUGUACAAAUUCUAAAAAAUCAAAAGAAUUCAAUGUUCACCAAUUGGUGAUAAAGUGA